GCAGGAAGGAAGAUGCCGAGGCUGAGCAGAGGCACCUGGAUGAGCUCGGUUCUGCGGAUCGCUGUGCUCUGUGGCAGCGGUGUGUGUGCUGGAGAACGGCACGCUGAUACCGAUGACGGGGAUUCUGGGUCAGAAAGUGUUUUCAGGGCAAGGUGUGUGUCCCGCUGCCUGAGCCUGCACAGCGUGGCUGCACCCCGUACUCCCCUGCAGGGUAACGGAUCGCUGGGUUGGUGCCGUAGUAACAAACCCUGCUCACUGUGCCUGGAGCCAUGCAUGCAUGACUGGAAGGUGAAGAAGAGAAGCAACUGCAGAGAACUUUGUGAGCAGGUAUUUCAGAGGAUGCAGUGGGAGUGCGUGGCCAGUUGCCACUUCCUCCACUCAGUCCUGGCAGCGAAGCAGGGCCGCUGUCCGCCACCAGAGGGAGCCAGUGGGUUCGCAGCUGCGUGCAUCGAAAGUUGUGACCAUGACAAGGAAUGCUCUCUGCAGAAGAAGUGCUGCUUCAAUGGUUGUGGACACACCUGCCAGCCUCCCACAGACCUAUACAAGGGCGUUCCUCUGAAACCAAAGAAGGACCUGAGCUUUGAGGAAUCUCCCCCUGGGCGCCUGACCGUCGGCUGGUCGUCCCGUUUGAACGUCUCUGCGGAGCCAGUGGUCUACAUUCUGCAGAGGAGGUGGAACGUUGGCGUCCGGCCCAGUGAGGACACCGCCACCCCCUGGGAGGAAGAGACUCAGACCACAGAGUUGGGGGCGAGUCUGUCUGACAGCCGGCCUGGUCGUUGGUACCAGUUCAGAUUGGCGGCUGUAAACCUCCGUGGGACCAGAGGUUUCACCACUCCAAGCGAACACAUCCGCUCUAGCAGAGACCCCUCCGCUCCGCCGGCCCCGUCUGAGCUGAGAGUUGCCGGCAUGAACUUUGGCCCCGGCAGACUAGUGAGAGCGAGGGUCGUCUGGGACGUUCCGACAGACCUGGAUGUUCCCGUCCACCACUACAAGGUCAGCUGGAGCUGGACAGCAGCUGGACACUUGUCCAUGACCAAGAGGAGGAAGACAGUCAGAGAGAACCAGGUGGAGCUGAGCAGCAUGAGGUCCGACAGGAAGUACAGCGUGGAGGUCCAAGGUGUGUCCCAGUGGGGACAAACAGAGCUCAAGGGUCCUCCAGCUGUCCUCCAUUUCAUCACCCAGAAGACUGAGCCGCCAGAGUUCAUCCGCAUGAAGGUCGUUAACCUGACGGCGUCGUUUCGAGCUCACCGUGACAACGUGUCGGCCAUCUUUAGCUGGGAUUUGGCCACGACUCUUUCCAACCAGCAGCUGCUUGGUUACCAGGCGACAUGGACGGAGGUUGCUUCGCCCAGACGCCACAGCAGCAGGAAGUUACCUCACAGCCUGAUCUCUCAGUCUCAGAUCUUACCUCCGGACGGUAACGUUCUGAUUGUAUCAGGCUUGCAGCCCGCCAGCGUGUACCGCCUGGAGGUUCGGGUCAUCUCAGCCGAGGGCGAAGGCCCUGCAACCAGCCGCACCUUUCAGACUCCUGGGCACCAGAGCAUCCCAAAGCAAAGAUUCCGGCUCGGGAACGAUCGCCGCACUAGUCCAAGUCACUGCCAGUCUCCGAGUCCCAGCCUGCACGGCCUCAACCCCCUAACGUAGCAACAACGAAGACCUGACUGAGGGAAGAAGGAGGAUUUCAGGAUCCGGCCGAAUCAACUGUCGAGCACGGUGGUCAGUAUUUCAAAGUUUCGCGGGGUUUAACCUUUCAGCUCAAAAUCCUCUUCGUAUUUAUGGGACUCCACAGCCAACCGGUUCCUUACAUUUACACAACGAGAUGAGGAACAAAGUCUGAAAAAUCAAAUAUGUAACCUUUUUCGUAUUCUUACCCAAAACCUGCAAAGUUUUAAACAGAAAUGUCAGACUUCUGAAAAAUGCGUUCAUUAUUUAUUUAUGUAUUUAUUUAUUGCACUCAAUACUUGGUGGGAUCUUCUUUUGCACAAAUUGCUGCAUGACUUCAGCCGAGCACGGAGCAGAUCAGCCUGCGAUGCCACUGAGGUGUUCUGGUUGAGUUUUUGCCUUUUUGUUCUCCCCGUAAUCAAGAAAUAAAAACUUGCAAAAAAUAUAUAUCGAGAAUAAUGAAUCUGUGUUUCUUUCAUAGAUCCAUUGCUCAAAAAUAUUAAACUUCUACACAAUAUUUGAAUUUGUGUCCAGAAUGUGAUCUUGGAGCGAACGUUUAAUAAAUAAUCCAGGAGCCACGAUGUGUAUUUAUGUACAAUCAUUGCGUUUUCUAAAGCAUAAAUACAGCAAAGAGGAUUUUGACAACAGAAGAAAUGAAAUGGAUACAUAAAACAGGAAGACGAACACAAAAUAUGAAAUGACCUUAAAUGUGUGAAAACGCAGCAAAGCUGGGUGAUUAUGCCAGACUGGUGAUAAAACAGAUUUUUGUUUCUGACGUAACUGUUCUGUAGUGUUUCUUAGUUAGAAUGUAUGAAUAUUAGACACCACCAGUGACUCAGCGGUCUCCAUAGUAACCAGACAGAAAACCAUCAGGAUGUGAUGCAGCUGAUUGGAGCUGUCACACCUGCAGCAACGGAUUGAUGCUAAAAAUGUCAAUUUAAAGCAAAUUCUGGUUCUGACAUGUGGAUGAAGAAGGUCCAACCUCAAACUAGCUUCAGUAGCCGGUGCGCGUGUCUGUGUGUGCAUGCUGGUACGUUUUCAUAAAUUGUGUUUUUGGAGCAAAUGUCCCCCCUGUUGUAAAAUCCAGGAAGCCAUCUGUAGAUCGUGCGUCGCUCCGACACCGUAUGAAAAGUCUGUUCGUGUUGUUUGCAAAUAUCUCAAAGGUUUUUGAACAUAUAUAAGUCGUUCUGACUCCUGGAAACAUGUAGCCUGGGUGAAAAUGCUGCUU